GUGGAACAACUGCAAACAGAACAAGCAAGGGGCCAACAACCGCCCGGUGAACCAGACGCCUUCGCCGGAGGGGGAGAAGCUGCACAGUGACAGCGGCAUCUCGGUGGACAGCCAGAGCCUGCACGACCAGCAGCCCCCCAGCCAGAGCACCCAGGGGCCAGGUAGGGCGAACCCGGGGAACCUCUACCCCACCCUGCCGCCCGGCAAGCAGGAGGAGGUGGAGAAGCUGCUGGGCAGCUCCACGGAGGAGACGUGGAGGCAGCUGGCCGGGGAGCUGGGCUACAAAGAGGACCUCAUAGACUCCUUCACCCGGGAGGAAUCGCCCGCCCGGGCUCUCCUGACCGACUGGUCCUCCAAGGAGACGGCCACCCUCGACGCUCUCCUCGCGGCCCUGCGCAAGAUCCAGCGCGGGGACAUCGCCGAGAGCUUGUACAGCGAGUCCACCGCCACCUCUCCCGUCUGA